UUUUUGCAUUCAUUAUCGUAGAUCUUCCUUUGCUGUUAUUUCAGUGUUUGUUUGUUUUUGGAAUAAAAUAUUAAAUAAUUCAGAGUUCUAUGAAACCAAAAAUGUCUAGAUCUACAAGUAGAACUCAAACGAGGAAUAACCAUUCAAAAAAAAUAUCUCUCAAAGAAAUGAUGGCAUUGAGAAAGAAAGAAUUAGUUGAUGGCAAGCUGUCUGUCCCGGAUAGUGUUACUCCAGAUCCGUACGAGUUCUGUUAUAAAUAUCUAGAAGAUUUCAGAAGAGCAACAUUAGUAGGAACUGAGACUGAAGUUAUGUGCGAUCAUAAAAAUGAUUGGGACGAAAAACACCCGGAAAGUGCAGCUCGUUUGUCAGAAAUAAUAAAUAGGAUAGCUACUUUAUGUUUAUUGACCAGAUGUGAUGUUCUUGCUUUUGACAACAUUUGUUCUCAAUCAGAUGUACAACUGAUACAUUCCAACUUUUUGUUUGAAACAUUAAAGCGUGUAUCUAAAAUUCGGAAAACCGAUGAGAGAGAACAAGAAGCUACAAAAUUUGAUGGUGUCUACUUCUCUAAGGAUACUUUCAAAGCAGCAAUGAGGGCAUUGACAUGGACAAUAAAUGUAACAAAACUAGUAUGCCAAAAAAAAUACCAUAAUGGAUUUGCAAUUGUUCGUCCUCCGGGGCAUCAUGCAAGACACAAUGCAUUCGAAGGGUAUUGUUUUUUUAAUAAUGUUGCAAUAGCGGCACAAAAAUGCUUGAAAGAAAAGCUCUGUAAAAAAAUUAUGAUAGUAGACUUUGAUGUACAUCAUGGUGAUGGAAUUCAAGAAGCGUUUUAUAAUAGGAACGACGUUCUAUACUUUUCUAUGCAUCGCUAUGAGAAUGGAUCAUUCUGGCCAAAUCUUAGAGAAUCAAACUUUGAUUACAUAGGAAAAGAUGAGGGAAAAGGAUACAAUAUAAAUGUCCCAUUAAAUAAAGUAGGUGCUAGAGAUACAGACUAUUUGGCCAUCAUUUUCAAUCUUCUACUUCCAGUUGCAUAUGAGUUCCAUCCAGAUCUGAUCAUGAUUUCUGCGGGUUAUGAUGCUGCUAUUGGAUGUCCUGAAGGAGAAAUGCUACUUACUCCUGGCUUCUAUUCCCACAUUGUACAGCUUCUUUCUGGGGUAGCUGAUGGACAUAUAGUCAUGGUUCUUGAAGGAGGUUAUUUUAUUCCUUCCUUGAGUGAAAGUGCAGCUUUGUCUAUUAAAGGGUUGCUGACCGACCCCUGCCCAUUGCUUGAAGAAACUGGUUAUGUUCAAUCAAGCGUUGUUGAGACCAUCAAUAAUUGCAAAGGUGUACUCUUCAAUCACUGGAAUUGUUUCUCUGCCGUUCAGAGAUUCGAAUAUACUCCAGAAUAUAAGUUCAAUCCAUAUGAAGAGCAUAUUGUACGUGUUAAAUAUUUUGGAGAGGUUGAAAAACCUCCUUAUACAACAAGAGGCUAUUAUCCAGAGCACAGCCAGUUAGCUUACGAUGAUUUCUCUUCCUUCAUAUCAAGAUUCCAGAGUAAUGAAAAUAAUUACAAAUCUUACCAAGGAACUGGAUAUGCAUUUGAACCAAUUACGCUUUUACAUGCCCCAGAUAGAAAAUCUCAUUCUUACGAAGAUCCAGCAAGAUUAGUAAGAAUACUGGAAUUAAUGGAAGAAUCAGGGUUGUCUAAACGGUGCAUAGAAAUCAAGGUACCAAAAGAUCGAAAUGACUACGAGUAUUGUCUAAAAGUUCAUAAAGAAUGUUUUAUGGAAAAAUUGAUGUCCAAUUCUAUCAAAUCUUAUCAAGAUCUUUAUGUGAAUAAACACACUGCUAAAGCGGCGGAGACAUCUGUUAGUUUGUUACUUACCUUAGUCGAUGCUGUUAUUAAAGAAAAUGUAACAAAUGCGGCAGCUCUGAUACGUCCACCAGGACAUCACGCAACUGUUGAUAAAGCUCAAGGUUUCUGCUUCCUUAAUAAUGUUGCUAUUGCAGCAAAGUAUGCUAGAGAAAAAUAUAAUGUUCAAAGAAUACUCAUAGUUGACUUCGAUAUUCAUCAUGGCAAUGGUACACAAGAUAUUUACUAUAAUAGUAAUGAAGUUUUAUACAUCAGCAUUCAUAGAUUCGACAAUGGAAACUUUUAUCCUUUCAAGCCUUCAGCGGGAGCUAAGUUUGUUGGUCAUGGACCUGGAGAGGGUUUCAAUGUGAACAUUCCUUUCAGCAAUGAGCCAAUGGGUAAUAGUGAAUAUUUGGCAGCGUUCCUGAAUAUAAUUCUACCAAUCGGUUACGCAUUCAAGCCAGAAUUAGUGAUUGUUUCGGCUGGAUUUGACGCAGGCAUCAAUGAUCCUUUAGGAGGUUAUAAUGUUACACCCGAAAUGUAUGGGCAAUUCAUUUACCUCCUCAAACCCCUAGCCAAUGGAAAGAUUAUAGUUGCCUUGGAAGGUGGUUAUAAUGUAAAUACAACAGGUUACGGUAUGUUGAUGUGUAUAAAAGCUCUUAGAGGAGAAUCAGUGCCAACACCACCCGAUGUUUUCGACAAACCGAUCAAUAAACAUGCAGCACAAACUAUAAGAGAAGUUGUUGCCAUACAGCAGCAAUAUUGGCCAAGUUUAAACGUUAUGAAACGCAUAGCAGAUCAAGUUUUUCAUUGUCGGUACAAUAAAGAAUUCAAAGAAGAAAUGUACACGGCGGAUAAAUUUGAUCCUACUAAUGAAGAAUGUUGAUUGAUAACUGAUGUUACUUUUUUUUCAAAUUUUAAUACAAGAAGAAUGGGCAUUUCUAAAUUAAUUUGUUCAGUAAGUAUUUCAGUAUUGAACAAAGAAAAAAUACUUUGAAUUGAAUUGAAAGUUUUCAUGUUAUUAACUAGUUUAUAUGUAUUAUAAACAUCUCUAAGUUACAGAUGUUUUUUGCCAAUAGUAUUAAUUUGCCCAUUCUUCUUCUCGUUUUAACUUAUUUAUAUUUUAACUUAUUGAAUUUAAUGAAAUAUACAUUCCAUAGUUCAAAAUUUGAAAUAAGAAUUUCAAAAGUGCCUUAUGAUAAAAUGCUAAUAAUAUUUAAUAAACAUUGACAAUAUGUAAGGUUCCAGAGAUUGCUCAAAUUAUCUUAAUAUUUUUUUGUUCUACUUUUUCAUUGCAAUAUUUUCUGCUAGUCAAUUAAUGCCUCUGACUUUGGCUAAUUUGUGAGGAAUUCGGAAGAGCCUUUCAAUUAAAUCAGAUUUUGUUGCUUUGUUAUCAAGUCUUCUUACUAUGUUCAAAAAUAAAAAUUUUAAUCCA